CUGACUAACAUUAGACUGAAUAUGAACUAAAGUAAGAACAAAAUGAUAAUACCAAAAAAUCCCUAUCAACUAUUUGAGCAAAAAUGGACUGAAGUAAUGUAAUUUUUUGCUGAGUAAAAUCUUUGAUUACCUAUUAAGAACUUGUCCUCGUUUGAUGUUCUAGAUGUGAAUUGCUGGUGUUUUAUUUUAAACCCGUCAGUGUGAUGGUUUAAAACGGAAUGUCAUUGGUUUCUUGGAUAUCCCAGUCAAAAAUGGUGUGAAAAUGUUAUUUUUCUUUAAAAUUUUCUAUGACAAAGAAAAUGCAAUUUCAGUGUCCAGCUGAAAUUGUGCUCUUGUGACAACCCUUUUCAGUGUGGUGUAUUAUACAACUGUGCAUUUAUUGCUUUCACUUGCCUGAACCAAUCUUUUGAACCACUCCAUUAAAGUACAAGUUAGAUAGUAGACUACUGGUGUCCCAAGUCUGUCCUUGAAGGCCGGUGUUCUGACUAGCAUAUAACACCUGCAUCCUGCAUGUUUUAGUUAUCUCCUGUUGGUAGUAACAACCUUAUGUCAAUGUUCUUCUUAGGCUUUCUAAUGAGCCAUCAUUUGAUCCGGAUGUAUUAAAACAUGCAGGAUGUUGGCCCUCAAGAACAGACUUUAGACACCACUGAGGAAUAAAACAUAAUAUAAACGCUUUUUUAUACCUUUGGUACUAGGCACAUUUUAUGACUGUUGGAAAUUACGCUAUUUGAUCAAAACGAAGUGAAGUAUAACUGCACAGGUAUAUGUUCUACUGUUUUCUUUCUAUUAUCAGUCUUUUAAAACACUUCAGGGGAAAAAAGUGACGUGCAAAUAUUACAGUUGUAAAAAAAAUCCCAACAGAAGCAAAACAUAUGAAGUCAUUUGUUUCUGAUUAUUGUUACAAAGUUUUUAAAAGUUAAAACAACGACCUACACAAAAAAUGUGACUUUUUUUUCUGGAAAAAAAUUUGUAAAAACGAAUCAACUGAUGGCUUGUUGCUUAGAUUUCCGAGGGACCCUGAAUGCGUCCUUUUCCCCGCAUCACCCUGCUCUGCUUUAGUUUCAGUUCGAUGUCCGUCCGUUUGUCUGAGUGCAGGUGUGCGCGUGAACUCGCCGUUUCCCGUUAAAUACCGAAAACUCCAGAUGGGAAAGCCGACCAUCCAGUGACCGGAGCUUUUACUGGGAUAAUACCCUAGUGUUUGGGGACUUUCUGUGAGACGAAAGGGGAAAGAAUCGAGUUUUGGCGUUAACGUGUUAGCCACAGCACGACAGGUGAACCACGGCUUUCAGAUUUCAGACGUUAGCCUCACCGAGAAAGACAUUUAUUGCUCUGGAAACAAGGAGUCCAGCUUUGCUUGGAAGCCAGGCUGCAUAAACCACAUACAUUAUAGAGGAGCAGAGCAGAGAGACGGUGGAGUUGGCGAUAUAUUAAGGGAAAUCUUCUAAACAAAGAAUUUUAAUCGGUCUCUCCUCGAGGUCCGCUGCCUGAAAAGCGCCAUGGCCUCCGCCCACUCGGAACAGUGCAGCGUCCUGCAGGACGAGCUCACCUGCCCGGUGUGCCUCGACGUGUACCGGGAUCCCCGCCUGCUCCCCUGCGGACAUAACUUCUGCAAGAUCUGCCUCGACCGGCUGAGGCGGCAGGCGGAGCGAGGCCGCGUCCGCUGUCCGGAGUGCCGAGAAAACCACCAGAGUGGCACCAACUUCCAGAAAAACUUCAAGCUAGCCAACAUCGCCGACGACUACCUCCGCAGGCGGAGGGCCAUGACGGCGGCCGCCUCCGCUUUAAAGUCCCAGGAACCGCUUUCGUUCUCCGCAGCACAGCUAGCCAAGACCAUCUUCGCCGUUCAGUGCGACUACUGCCCCGCAGCAGCCGCCGGCGCCUCAGGAUUCAGUUCCUUUGGGGAGAAGUCCUCUACUAGUGCUUGUCUUUCUCAGGAAAGCAAAGACAAGCAGGACGCCGCUUCGUCAACACUGGCGGUCAAGACGUGCCUGAAGUGCGAGGUGUCCAUGUGCCAGGAGCACCUGAAGCCACACCUGGAGCUGCCGGCGUUCCGGGAGCAUGUUCUCGCAGACCCAAUGCUGGACUUCUGGAAGAGGAAGUGCCUGGAUCACGACGAAGUCUACAGAUAUUACUGUAUGGAUGACAAGAUGUGUGUUUGCAACGCCUGCACCAUAGAGGGAGGACACUCAGGACACACCAUCAAGACCCUGAAGAACACCAUGAAGGAUCUGAAGAGCGCUAUGGACAAACAGCUGUACAGACUGGAGAGGAAGAACAGCCUGGCAGAGCGGAAGCUGCAGGAGCAGAAGGAGAAGGAGAGACAAAAUAAGAAGUUCAAGGAGGAUGCAGAGCAGUGCCUGACGCUCCUGGAGGACGAGAUGAAGACCAGAGUGCAGCGCUUCAUCCUCACACUGAGAGAAUUCACUCGCACCCAGUGUGAGAUCAACGGCUCGGCCAUUCAGAAGAACAUCUCCAGGAUCUGUCAGGACCAGGCGCGCCUCGACGAGGUGCGCUGCAGCAUCGAAAGCCUCGUGCAGGAGAGCGACCCCUUCCGCUUUGUGGAGGCAUAUAAAACCACAGGAAAACAGUGCCGCAGACAGCUUAGGAAAAAUAUGUUUUACCCCGAGUACGUCGAAAUGGAGACGGAGAUUCUUGGAAUAAGGAUGGAGGAGGAAAUGACCAAAUUUCUUGACGAUCUACCUUGUCACAUCGUCGCUGCCAUCAACUCCUUAUGUAGUCUUUCUGACCACGAGGAGGAGGAGGAACACGAGGACAACGAGGAAGAGGUGGCCGAGGAUGAGGACGACGACGAUGAAGACGAACUGGAGGACAGCAGCGAAGAGGAAAUGAGGAGCGACGAAGAGGAAGAAGAAGCGCACGACGACCUGGCCGACGACCACAUAAGCCUAUGGGAGGAUGACGAAGGGGAGGAGGAGGAAGGAGAGGAGGAGGAGGAAGGAGAUGAGGAUGAAGAUGAAGACGAAGACAAUGAGGAUGUAGAGGAAGAGGAGGAGGACGAUGAGGAAGAGCGAGGGGUUUAAGUGAAGCGAUUAGCCGUGGUAGGACCAGAUGUUUGAACGUUUCCUCCCGCUGGAUCCACUUGAAGCUAACUGCACUGACAACCCAAUGCUAAACUGUGAUGCUACCGCUAAGCUACAUCAAAGUGCUUUAUAUCAGAGAUUCACUGUAGAUAAAAACCCGGCUCUCAUCAAAAACAUGAAUGUACCAUGACAUAAUAUGUACCAAACCUUUGCAUGGCUGCACUGCUCCAUUUUUUAUCACUUUGAUAAAUAUUUUACUAAAUUCAAUAUAUUUCCCUGCAGAGGCAUAGAAAGGCAACCGUAGUCUUGCCUGAUAAGAAAUGUAUGUUUAUUCAUUUGAAGAAAAAGCAUUCAAUUUCUUACAUUCACUUUGUCAGCAUGUUUGGUUUCUCAAGGAAAAGCGAACACCAAAACACCUGGCCUGGUGUUUGAACAAGCUGUGUGUGUGUGUGUGGUGCUGUUUUAUGCAUUACAGGUUAAAGUGUGUGUGUGGCAGCGAGAGGAAGUAUUGCAAUGUGAUACGUUUACAUUAGAUGGUAGAAAAAAUAAGGCUUUAAAAGCAGUGCUUGCAUUGUAUAAAGAAUUGUCAAAUGUUUCUAUGCACACUUCAUACGUGAAUUUUAAAGGAGCAGUUUUAGGUCGUAUCAAAUUUUGCACUUUAACAUUCAAAUAUUCCAGACAGAACAGAACAUCUUUUUACUAAAGAUUGAUUUUUUUCUGAUUGUGACUGUAAGGGGCCAAAAUAAGAUAAUAUGUGCAUAUUAUUAAUAAAGUCUGAAUUGAAUAUUUCAAA